GUAAGACACUAGUCCGGCGCUGUAUUCGCCUCCUGAGGCAGUAUAUCGACGGAUAGAGGGCAUAAAGCUGCCACACGCAUCCCACGCGAGGCGCACAAACCUUUUGGGGCUGCCUCGACGCCACCGACGCGCGCCCAGCUGCCCCACCAAGAGCCCUGCCAAACAAUACGCCUGUCGUAGCGGUGGGGAAUAUCCUUUGGGCUGCCCGACGCGAUAUAUAGGCUGCAGAGUAAGCCAAGGCCAAGAAUAGCUGCCAGAGCAAGCCAAGGCCAGAAUGUCAGACAUCCGAGUGACCGUGCCACCCUUGGACGAGCUCAAGGAAGCCUUUGCGAAAUUCGACACGGAAAGCUCGGGCGCGAUACCGGUCCACGACCUCGGAGCAUUAUUGCGCUCCGUCGGCGUCGUCGAGCUCAAGGAAGAUGACCUGCAGGCGCUGAUUAGUGAAGAGAUGUUCGACAAGAAUUUCGACCUGCCCGAGUUCUUAGCAUUAAUGGUCGAGAUCGGCCACACGCUGCCCGCGCCCGGCACGGAGAAGAAAGAGCUGCGGAAGGCCUUUAAGGCUGCCGAUUCUGACAAAGACGGCUACCUGACGCCCGACGAGCUGCGACAAGCGAUGGACGGCAUGGCCGCCGAGCCGUUGGGAGAUGACGAGUUUCAAGUCAUGCUGGAUGAGUGCAGGAGGGACGCGGAGAUCGAAGAAGGCGAGCCGAUAAAAAUCGACGCGGCGGUGCGGUUCUUCCUGACCUCAUAAAAUUGUAUAUGUGAGACGAGCACUUAAGGGGAGAAAAGGGAC